GACUUCGUUUCGAUCAGUAGUUCAUCGAAAUGAUGCUUGUGCUUACAAUUUGUGCUGCAUUCGGAGCCUCACUAGCAUUUGAAAACAAUCCGCAAAAUCCCCGCUUACCGUGGAACGCAACAAACCGACGCAUUGUGGGAGGAUUUGAGAUCUCCAUAGAAGAAGUACCGUGGCAGGUUUCGCUCUACAGCUAUUACCACUUCUGCGGUGGAAGUAUCAUCGGAACCCAAUGGGUUUUGACGGCUGGUCACUGUAGUGAAAGCUCCAACAACCCUGGAUUUUCCAUCCAUAUCGGAAGUUCAAACAAUCAGAGAGGUCGAAAAGUCGACCUGAAACGUGCUAUCCGACAUCACAAAUACAACAGUAAUACCCUAGAUUACGAUUUCACACUGUUGGAGACGGCUGAGAAGCUCAGCUAUUCCCAGAGCGUCAAAGCCAUUGCCCUACCGAAACAGGACGAAUUUGUUGCCGCUGGCUCCAUGUGCACCACUUCCGGUUGGGGCAGUACCCAGAACGACUGGGAAGACCAGAGCGUUUUGCGGGCGGCCAACCUUCCCACGAUAGGUUACCAAGACUGUGACGAAAACUAUGCUUAUCUGGGGGGAAUUACUCCCCGGAUGAUCUGUGCCGGAUACUGGAGUGGGGGCAUCAGUGCCUGCUUCGGAGAUUCCGGAGGUCCGUUGGUGUUCCAAGGUAAACUGAUCGGGGUCACCUCCUGGGUUAUCGCUUGCGUUGUGGACGGGUAUCCGGGAGCUUAUGGGCGGGUUGCAGCGGUGCGCGAUUGGAUCCGGGAUGUUAGCGGAAUUUAGUUAUGAAGAUCGGAUUACAAAUUGGUUGUAUUGAAGAGUUAUUUUUAUAAAUCUCUGGAUUCAA